UUACCAUUAGGAGGAUGAUUCUGCGUCUCUUGGGGCUCUGUUUCUUUCGUUACGGCAACCUGACUCAUGAACACCACCAACGCCCAGAAAGCCGACUAUAGGAAAUGAGCAGAACCUUGCGAAUAUCCGCCUUUUGAGAUUACUGAGGAAAGAUUACCGAGGAAAGCUCAGCACUGCAAUAGCGCAGUCUUCCUAGCUCCACACGGUUCCAGAGUACAGAGGUUGUAAUAUUGUUGCUCAAUUCUCCCUAUCUUUCCGGGAUUUGGCGUCGUUCUCUUUCUUGCGCCAGUCUGCUGAUUUUACUUCACCCAUUAUUCUCCCGUCUAACGUUCAGACUAUUUCCUCUGUGCAGUAAGCCUCUACUGGAAAAUGGCAACGACAAUCGAUAAAGAUGCUUGCAGGGAAGCCUACAACCUCGUAAGAGACGAUAACACAGACAUAAAUUGGGCUUCCUUUAAGUACGAAGGUUCCAUGAUUGUACCUGGAGGUCAGGGGACCGAUUACGAAGAAUUCAAGCAGCAGUGUACAGAUGACGGGCGUCUGUUUGGGUUCGUACGCAUCACGACGGGCGAUGCCAUGAGCAAGCGGGCCAAGUUCACCCUCAUCACCUGGAUCGGAGAGAACGUGAGCGGCUUGCAGCGUGCCAAGAUCAGCACCGACAAGACGCUGGUGAAGGACAUUGUACAGAACUUUGCGAAGGAGUUCAUGAUCAGCGAUGCGCGUGAGCUGGAGGAGGACUACAUCCGUGAAGAGCUGAAGAAGGCGGGCGGGGCCAACUAUGAUGCCCAGACAGAGUAGAAGAGGGGGAGGGGCAUCUACCUGGGGAAAGGCAGGGCUGACAGCAGGGUGGGGGGGGGGGCUGACCACAUCCAGGCCCGAUUUUAAUUUUGUCAUGGAAAAUUAUGAUAAUGACCAUUUUUUUGGUGCCGAAAACAAUAACAAGAUGAACAUUAUCUCAAUAUUGACAAAUGAGACAGAACUGUGUCUGCUAACUAAAAUGUAUUUUGUAAGGAUUUACAUUACUGAUUGUACUUAUUUAACUGGGGACAUAAGGCAUCAAUAAUAGCCCUCCGCUUUGAGUAGUCAAUUGCUCUGUGUUGAGCUUUGCACCAAGAAAGGCUCAUCAUUAUGGAUUACAAAUGUUAUGAAAUAACAAUUAUGCCAUAAUUACAUCAUAUGGCCUUGUUAUCAGUAUCAAAAUUUUUAUUGACAAAAUUAAUACUAGCCUGGACUAGGGAGAGGGGGUUUGGGGCACAAAUUACCUCUGUCACACAUACAACUAACAACCCUGGCUUUCUAGCCUGUCGGAAAUAUAUUGCACACUUUGUCCUGGAUCUGGGUGUGUGUUUCUGCACUAUGACCAUAACGGGAUUAUGGAUGGGAUUCAGUUUGUGUUCUUAUGAAUGGACACUGUCUGCCUUGUCCUAAUUCUUACUUUUAUUUUUUUUGUGGUUGUAGUGCACAAACCAGACCCAUGAUUUUGUGUAGCCAUUACCUGUCAGUUUUCAUACUCUGGAGCUGGUAGUGCCACACCCCUCAGCUCCCCUUUGUUUACAAAUGAUGGAUGAGUGAGGUUUCAUGAAACCAAAAAUGGGCGGAGCUACAAUAUGCUUUUGGGUGGUUUAAAGUAGGGAUUGACAGCUCCUUAUAGUUGCAUCCAUUAUUGGAUUCAUGAAACUUCACUCACCCAUCAUUGGUGUUUACUGCCUUAAUCUCCCACAGAAAGGUUGGAGUUGCCAUGGGAGGUCCAUGUGCAGAAGCUGCACUGUGAUUGGCUGUGGCUGUCUUCCAUACAGUUGUCUGCAUUCAGACGGUUUCCAUGGUGUCGACAGCCAACAAAGCAUUUUUCCUUCUUGUUUACAUGGGUGUUGGGGGGGGGGGGGGUGUGGCCUUUGCCGUGUCAAUCAGCACAAUCCAGGGCCAGCAUUAGCUGUCUCUAGUGUAGCCUUUUGUCUUUAUUUUGGAAGAGAACCCAAAAGGAAUGUAUGUACGUCCCUGGUUUACAAUGUUUUGGAAAAAAAAAAGGUCAUGGGAAGCGACCAUUCAUUUCACGUAAAUCAUUUCAGAAUAAACUUAAGAAAAAAAAACA